GUGUAUGCUUUUUCGAACUAAGAAAACCCAAAGAGAUUAACAAAUAAAUUUCCGAGCUUUAAAUUAUAUAUUUGCACAAGCAAAAGCACCUUUCUCCUGAUUACAGCAAUUUCAGCGCGUAAAAACCCGUACACUCUUUGUUAUAUAUAUUGUAAAUAAAACUGAUGAUGAAUGGCUAAGCAGAUGAAAGAAAAAUAUGUAUAGCGAACAGUAGCUGCGCAUAGCGGAGAACAGAGAAAACAUUAGCUGCUCGUAUUCUUUAUUUGCACUCAGUAGAAUUUAAGUGAUUUACCCGCGUCGUUGGUCAACUUUUGUUUUACAGCUAAUCGUGGCUUGAAAAAACCAAUGAAAUAAAAAACUUAUCAGCACACAAGCGAAUUCCGCUUAGAGAGGCGCUCAGCUACGGAUUAAGUAUUUCAGUUUAUUAAAAGACGCUGCGCAAAGCAGAUAAACGCCGCUGCCUCAGAACGUAUAAAAUUUAAAUAUUAAAAUCGUAUGAAAUACAAUCAGCAAAAUGCUUGUCUCAUCAACAGCAAUCAUAGUUGCGCUCAGCUACCUGACAGUCGCUGCAGUCAACGCCACGUCGCUGGGAUAUGAGGUGCCGAGAGCAAAAAUAGAAGUAUUUUUCCCAAAGGGCUUUGAGGUGUCCAUACCACAUGAAGAGGGCAUAACGCUUUUCGCCUUUCACGGCAAGUUAAACGAAGAAAUGGAGGGUUUAGAAGCUGGCACCUGGUCGAGAGAUAUAGUCAGAGUAAAAAAUGGACGUUGGACCUUUCGCGAGCGCAAUGCAAAGUUAAGAAUUGGCGAUACGCUAUAUUAUUGGACGUAUGUGAUUAAGGAUGGUUUGGGCUAUCGCGAAGAUAAUGGUGUUUUUGUGGUGCACGAGUAUGGGCAUGCGAAUGCCCAACCUACUGGUGGCGAUAUUGAAGAACCCAAGCGUAAAGGUAAUGGUAGUGGAAACACCGGUGGCAGUUUUGCAACCAGCAUAAGUGGCGGUGGAGUUGGGGCUCCUGGAAGCAGUAAUAGUGGCAGCAACACAGUUAAUAGCGGCGUCACACUCAUUGACACGGUCGUCAACAGCGGCGCACACAAUCAAAAUGACGGCGCCGGUCUUAUUGAUGUACGCAUGGACGACAGCUGCAGGCUUUCGCCAUCUUGCAAGAACGGCGGACAACAAGGGAGUUGCAACAAUCAAUUGCUCUUCGAAGAAAACUUCAACGGCACACAGCUGGACAGCACACAUUGGACGGCGGAAGAACGUUUCGGCACAAAACCUGAUCACGAAUUCGCCUUAUAUUUAAAUACAAAAGAUGUGCUGCAAGUAAAGAAUGGUUUCCUUAGAAUGCUACCAAAAUUGACCACCCGUCAUUUGCAACAACAAAACCAACAAUUAAAUAUCAAAUAUGAUAUCGGACCCAAUUGCACGGGCAGCCCCGAGAGUGAGGAGUGUGUGCGUAAUGACCAGGCGUCGAAAUUCCACGCAAUACCACCCUUCAUUUCGGCGCAAAUCUCCACCAAGCAGCACUUCACCUUCAAAUAUGGACGUGUGGAGAUACGUGCCAAAUUGCCACGCGCCCAUUGGGUCUUCCCGCAGCUGUGGCUACAGCCAGCUAACGCCGCUAAGUACGGCGCGGAGGACUAUCAAUCGGGUCAAAUGCGUAUCGCCUUCUCCUAUUUAAACGACACACAAAUGCAUCUCUUCGGUGGCGUUCUCUUGAAUGCGCACACCUCAUGGCGUUGGGUGAAAAUGUGUGAAUUGGGACAAGCAGAUAAAUUGGAUUUGGGCAAUGAUUUUCAUAUUUAUACGCUAAUUUGGCGUGAGCGGGGAAUUUCGUUGGCUAUAGAUGAACAGACGUACUGCCAGUUGGAUGUAGAGAAGGAUGGCUCGUUUGCUGAUUUAGUGAAAAAUUCCCGGGAGUUGCCAAAUGCGAGUUUACUUAGAAAGAGUGGCAACAAAAUGGCGCCUUUCGAUCAGGAAUACUACCUGACGCUGGGUUAUGGUAUCGGUGGCGUAAAUGAUUUUAGUGACGACUUGCAUAAUUGGCAACCGCCGAAGCCUUGGGAAAAUGACAAAACUCAUGCCGCCGCAAUGGACGCGCUGUUGAAGCAGGUGGAGACGAAUUUCGAGAAUUGGCUGGAGUUUGGCGAGAUGCUGAUCGACUAUGUGAAGGUGUAUGCAAUUUAGUGGUUUAACAUAUUCCAAAAUAAAAUGUUGUUCAUUGAGAAAAAUAAAAAUAAAUAAAAAGAAAUAUAGAUUACUAAGGAGUUAACCCAA